UAAUUAGUAAUAUAAAUGGCGUUACCAUGCGGGUGUGUAUUCUACGAGGAAUCAAAUAAAGAGAUGAGAGCGCUGCUUCAGCUUCAGGCUUUGACUACUCGCCUCUCACUUUCAUCUUCCUCCUCCACCUUCUUUCGCGCCAAAACCUUGUGGUUGAAUCCAAACAGAGCGUGCACUCAGAACUCCCAAGUGAGAAGGAUAUGGUUUUCCGCUCCUCUUUGUAUGGGUCGCCGUUCCAGCAAAAUUGCUGGGAGAAAGGAAGCCCAAGAUGCGAAGAAGGCAAAACUGUACUCAAGGAUCGGAAAGGAGGUUGUGUCUGCGGUAAAGAGAGGUGGUCCAAAUGUAACAUCCAAUUCAGUUUUGGCGGCUGUACUUGAGAAAGCUAAGGAGCUUGAUGUGCCUAAAGAUAUUGUUGAGCGCAAUAUCAAGAGAGCUUCUGAGAAAGGACAAGAGGCUUAUCUUGAGAAAGUCUAUGAGGUUUAUGGUUAUGGAGGAGUUAGUAUGGUAGUUGAGGUAUCGACUGAUAAGGUACAUCGUUCUGUGGCAAAGAUACGAGAAGUGAUAAAGGACUAUGGAGGAAAGAUGGCAGAUUCUGGGUCUGUGACAUUUAAGUUUAGACGUGUUAGGGUAGUAAAUAUUAAAGCUACUAAUGCUGACAAAGAUCAACUGCUUUCCAUUGCUUUGGAUGCUGGAGCUGAGGAUGUAAUUGAACCUCCAACUUAUGAAGAUGACACCGAAGAGGAUAAGUCAGAAAGGUAUUAUAAAAUUGUAGGUUCUUCAGAGAACUAUUCAUCUAUAUUAUCUAAGCUGCGAGAAGAGGGCAUAGAUUUUGAGCCUGAUAAUGGUUCUGAGCUUCUUCCAGAUACCGCGGUUGAGGUAGACGAUGAGGCUAUGGACUUGAACAAGCAACUUAUGAGCAAAUUACUUGAGCUUGAUGAUGUUGAUGCUGUUUAUACUGACCAGAAAUAAUUAUUUUUAUAUGUUUAAAAGCUCUUCACCAGACAACUCAAGGUUCUCUUGGACACUGGAAGCUCCCAUCACAAAAUGUACCUGGUUUAUUCACAAAAUGAAAAUAGGUUACAAAAUUUAUUGGGGAUUUCUCUGGUGAAUAAUUUGUUGAUCUGACUGUUUAAUCCGAUUCCCCUUUUUUUAGAGGACGGCCAGAUGCUUGCUUUCUGGAGAGUAUUUUUCAAAGAUGAGGAUGUUUGAAUCAUGUACUGUCUUAUAUUAUAAACUGACAAAGUUUAAUAAUAAUAAAACAAAAUAAAUCUAGAU